UAGUAGUUUUUAGUGCAGGGGAGUGCAGUUUGGCUUCUUGCAAGGCUUGGACCUUUCUCAUGCUGUUGGUUUAACUCUCCUUAAGGAUGUGGCUUUAUAAUGUUUUGUCGGCUUUGGACUUCAAGGGGCUGUUCCUGUUUCUUUUCAUUUUUAUCAUAAUAGUCGAUUUCCUAAAACACAGGAAUCCUCCAAAUUAUCCUCCGGGACCAAUGGCUCUUCCAAUUGUGGGGAGUUUCUUCAGUGUGGACAGUAAACAUCCAUACAUGUAUUUUACCAAGCUGGCUGAUGUUUAUGGGAGUGUGUUCAGCGUCCGCCUCGGCGGUAACACGAUGGUGGUUGUGUCUGGGUACAAGAUGGUGAAGGAAGCCUUAGUGUCCCAAGCCGACAACUUUGUGGAUCGACCUCACAAUGAAUUGGCGAACAGGAAAUACUCCGGAAACAAAAGCGGUCUGUUUGUAAGCAAUGGUGAAACAUGGAAGAGACAGCGACGAUUUGCCUUGUCUACCCUACGUACCUUUGGCUUGGGAAAAAACACCAUGGAGCAGAGUAUCUGUGAGGAGAUCCGACACCUGCAGGAGGAGAUAGAGAAGGAGAAGGUUGGAUCCUCUCCUACAGGUCAACCUUUCAGCCCAGCAGGCCUCCUCAACAACGCUGUGUCCAACAUCAUUUGCCAGCUGGUGAUGGGUAAACGCUUUGACUACAGCGACCACAACUUCCAGAUUAUGCUGAAUUAUUUGUCUGAAAUUCUAAUGGUGGAGGGCUCUGUAUGGGGUACGCUGUAUGAGUCGUUCCCCACACUGAUGAAGCACUUGCCAGGUCCUCACAACAAAAUGUUCAGUAAUUUUGACGCCAUCCGAGACUUCCUCAGUCUGGAGGUAAAGAACCACAAGAAGGACCUGGACCGCAGUGACCCCCGGGACUAUAUUGACACUUUCCUUAUUGAAAUGGAAAAAAACAAGGAUUCAGACCUUGGCUUCACAGAGACUAAUCUGGCUUUGUGCUCUCUGGAUCUGUUCCUGGCUGGAACAGAGACCACCUCCACCACGUUACAGUGGGCUUUGGUUUAUCUCAUCAAAUACCCUGAUAUCCAGGAGAAAGUGAAGGCAGAGAUAGACAGAGUGAUCGGACACAACAGACAGCCCAGUAUGGCAGACAGACCCAACCUGCCCUACACUGAAGCCGUCAUCCACGAGAUCAUGAGGAUGGGAAACAUUGUUCCUUUAAAUGGACUCAGAAUGGCUGCCAAGGAUACAACACUGGCUAAUUACUUCAUUCCCAAGGGUACGACCUUGAUGCCAAUCCUGACCUCUGUGCUGUUCGACAAGACUGAAUGGGAGACCCCAGACACCUUCAACCCUGGACACUUCCUGGAUGCUGAGGGAAAGUUUGUGAAGAGAGAAGCUCUCAUGGCUUUCUCUGCAGGGAAACGUGCGUGUCUCGGAGAAGGCCUCGCCAAGAUGGAGCUGUUCCUGUUUUUCGUUGGUUUACUGCAGAAGUUCUCCUUCUCUGUUCCUGAUGGAGUAGAGUUGAGUACAGAAGGAGUUACUGGAGUGACACGAGUACCACACCCCUUCAAGGUUUAUGCCAAGGCUCGCUGAAUCAUACAACAUCUCACUGAAUAAUUUGAAUAAACAACGAAUGUUUCCUCAUCCACUGAGGGCUUGGUGUUCUUUGCCUUUACAAUGAUGUGUGAUAAAGUUGUUUUUACAUUGAAUACACAAAUUAAAAGACAUUUCCCUUUGUCGUCAUAAUGUGUAAUAAAUUCAUUAAGGUACUAUCUGUAAAUUGUAUGUCAUGUAUAAGUAAAAAAAACUGUAAUGAUCUGAUUUCUAUCCAUCUUAAUACAUUUGUUAUUAAAAAAUAUGUUUUGAUUUGUUUCACACA